AUGUCGCAGAAUGCACUGAAUGCACUAAAAAAUUGCAAACUUCUUGUUGAACCUGAGUUUUCAACGACAUCACGGUAUCAUAUCAUGCGUCAACGUUCAUACAUUUCUACCGGGCCAAAGCUACUCCCGGGCGAGCAGACGUCGUUAGGAGGGAGGGGGCUCAUAGCUAGCGGCGCCUCAAAGGUAGGAGGGGAUACGAGCGAGGCUGGUAAUUACCGAGCAGUCACAGCUCAGUAUCAGGAGAAAAAGAAUUACUGCGCAAUUGCUGGUGAUCCGAGUCUCGGUGUGAAAUUCACCCGAUAA